AUGGGUGAAACAUUCGUCGAGGCCUGCAUUGCGUGCGGCUGGACAUCCACCAAACAAAAACAGUGCCAUUACUCUAGCCACCUUAAACUUUUCUACGGUGCAUCUCAACGGGGCGUUUGGACCAUCGGUUCUGAUGUGAUUUUGAAAGACCGCCCGGAUGAGGGUCUAAAAGCAAAAGUUGAAGUCAAAAUCUUGAAUUACCUGGCAACCCAUACCGAUAUCCCAGUUCCAAAGGUUCUGCGCGAUUGGGUCGAUCACGAUGGCCGAUACUUUGUUAUGACCGAACGCAUAAGCGGCCAAACACUUGAGGAGGCAUGGCCUUCGUUAUCGAAGCCCCAAAAAGUGGCUAUUGCGGAUCAAGUUGUUGAAGUGCCCCAUGUUAUUCCCACUUUACUAUUCUUCAAUCUUGAACCGCAUGGGCCGUUUCACUCCGACCAAGAACUCUGGGAUGCUCUUAGCCUUGACCUUCACCAUCUACCGCUCAAAGUGUUGGAUAACUUAAAGAAGCGCCGACCGAAAUGCGAGCCGUAUGUCCUCACUCAUUGCGAUCUCAAUUUGGGCAACAUCAUGAUCCAGGAUGGAAAGGUCGUUAAUAUACUCGACUGGGAGUACGCUGCCUAUCUUCCUAUCUGGUAUGAAUAUGUCGCAGCCUCUUUCGGAUUUACAGUUAUGGAUGUCGAAUGGAAAAAGUUGUUGCAAGAGCGCUUAGGCGUACAUGACGAGGGACAUGAAGAUGCCAAGGCAUUAAGGCAUUUUGGAGGGAUUUGUGUAAUCUAA